AUGCAGGAAGCUCUGCUAAAAUUAGGGUUCUAUUCAGAGUGGCUUGAAGCUGGGAAGUUGCAGAGAGUAGUGUUGGUGAUAAUGAGCAAAGCUACUGGUGAAGUCUUGGAGAGGUGGAACUUCCGUAUUGAGACUGAUUCUAAAGUUGUUGAGAAAGGUGUAUCGAGGGAGAAGAGUGAUAAGGACAUCAUGAGGGAGAUCCAAGCUAUUAUGAGACAGGUGGCUUCCUCCAUUACUUACUAA